UCCACCAAAUGAAGCAAAAUGGACAAAAACACAACAAUUUUAAGUGACAUCCUCGAGAUCCAAGGAUUUGAAAUAUCUCCAGAGUUAACUUAUCCUCUGUUUUUCUUGCUUCUUUUUGUUUACUCCUGCCUGCUCUUUUCUAACCUUGGUGUUCUUGCACUCAUCAUCACUGAAAAGAGUUUGCACCAGCCCAUGUACAUUCUGUUUUGCAAUCUGUCUGUGAACGACUUGAUUGGUAACACGGUCCUGCUGCCUCAGCUGAUGGCUCAUGUGCUUUCAACAGAGCGUUUUAUCACCUACAGCCAAUGUGUGGCUCAAGCUUUUCACAGCCACACGUUUGGAUCAGCAUCACACAUGAUUCUCGUCAUCAUGGCAAUUGACAGAUAUGUAGCAAUUUGUCACCCCCUGAGGUACUGCUCAAUUAUGACUACCAGAACUGUAAUCGGGCUGUCGGCAACUGCUUGGGGGGUGUCUUUAGUGCUCGUGUCCGUGUUGAUAGGUCUCACAGUGAGGCUGUCCCGUUGUAGAUCUGUUAUACAAAAUGCAUAUUGUGACAAUGCAUCACUGUUCAAGCUUUCUUGUGAGGAUGUGUCCAUCAACAACAUAUAUGGGCUCUUUUUCACUGUGCUGCUGUUCACUUGUUCAAUGGGAGGUAUAAUGAUUACGUAUGUCAGAAUAGCUCUCAUCUGCUGGAUGAAGAAAAGCAAAGAACUGAAUAACAGAGCACUGCAAACCUGCACAAGCCAUCUAGUUCUUUACCUUAUCAUGCUGUGGUCUGGGUUUUUAACAAUUAUAUUACACCGUUUCCCAGAUUAUCCAGAUUUAAGGAAGAUUGCAUAUAUUUUAUUUCAUGUUGUCCCUGCCAAUUUAAAUCCAAUAAUUUAUGGAAUGCAAACAAGAUCAUUGCGAGAUAAAAUCAUCCAAAUACUGAGGAGAAAAGUGACUAGAACCUAA